GCUGCUUCAACUGCUGCUGUAGCUGUCACUUCAGCUGCUUGAUGAACUGUUGUCUCAAUUCAAUCUCAGCUCGUUCGUCUCCAGCUGAGGUUGUGUCGAAAUAGACAGCUUAAAGAUGCAGGUGAGCAGAGAUCUGCAGCAGGAGCUGGUGUUGUUGCGCGCAUCCUUUGAGCAGCCAGCGAUGCAAUUCCCCGAGAUUUGGCUGCGCGACAAUUGCCAAUGUCCCAAGUGCUACAUGCAACAGACACGCAGUCGCUUGCCACAUGGCUGGAAUUGCCUAGACACUGCGGUGCAUGUGCAGCAGCUUAGUUGGUGUGUGGCACAGCAAACACUGAACAUCGAGUGGAACGAUGGACAUCAGUCCAGCUACACGUACAGUUGGCUCAAAGAACGCGACUUCUCGCCAGCGAAUCGCGCGCGAUAUCUGCGCGAUUUUUAUCGCCCCGAGCCGCGCCACUGGUCGGGGAAACAAUUCGCUCUAAUUCAACGUGAGUUUCAGUAUCAAGACUUGCUCAGUUCAGAUAAAGUACUGCUGGAGUGGCUGCAUCAUUUGGCUGUCUAUGGCGUGGCGCUGAUCAAGCAGGCGCCACUGGAGGCAGAUGUGCUUCGAAAGCUAUGCAACCGCGUCGGGUUCAUGCGACGCACCACGUAUGGCGAUGAGUGGAGCGUUCGAGCUCAGCCUGGAGCCAGCAACUAUGCCUACUUGGCAGCUCCGUUGCCACUGCACACAGAUAUGCCCUAUUUUGAGUACAAGCCGGGUGUGACGCUGCUGCACACGUUGGAGCAAUCGGAUUCGCCUGGUGGUUGGAAUCUGCUGAGCGAUGCCUUCCAUGUGGCUGACUUGCUGCGCCAACGACAUCCCAGAGCCUUUCAGGUGCUCUGUGAAACGCCUGUGGAUUGGGCGGACAUUGGCAGCGACAAGGAGUUGAGCUUCCAUAACAUUUGGCGUGAGCCUGUUAUCAACCUCGAUGCGAAUGGCCGGUAUAAGCGCAUCAACCAUAGCAUUCCACAGCGUGACAGUCACUUUAGUGUGGCAGCGGGGCAAGUACGUCCUUGGUACGAGGCGAUGGCAUUGUUUAUCCAGCUGGCCAACGCAGAGGCAUGCACCUUCAAGACCACACCCGGAGAUGUGCUUACGUUCGACAACCUGCGCAUGGUCCAUGGACGCACGGGCUACGAUGACACGGAUCGCAAUGUUCGACACAUUGUUGGCGCCUUCGUCGAUUGGGACAUUGCUUUCUCUCGGUGGCGUGUGCUGCGGCAUGCCCAAGGCUAUUGCAAGUAGUUGCGCCACUCAAUCUCAACUAUCUAUAGAAUGCUCGCUCUUGCUCAGCUAUCGGCUUAUCAGUGAGCAAAACACGUGAAUAACAAAAUACUCACUACGAGGUCAACAUGCGGCACGUUUUCAGCAAUAACAUCAGCUUCAAAUCAUGUACAAUAAUUUCUAAUAAAUUACCAUAAUAAUUUUACUUGAAAUAUA